CAAUGUCAGCAAACAUGACAGAAUCCUGUACAAAAUUAUUGUGAAACUUUACUUAAAUUUAUUGUAACAGUAUUCUAUCGAAGACACAACAACAGAUUCAAGAUGGGUUCCAACCAAUCAGUUCGCGCCACAGCAUUCCAGAGACCCAAAGCAUCUGCCACGGAGUCUUUCAUUGAAGAAGAACCUGAUGAGCACCACAUUAGUAUAUCAAAUAAAAUGGUCGAAAGAUUAGUAGAAGAUGCAACGUUAAGUGGAGGAACGGCGGCCGCGAAUACACAGCCCACAGCACGUGGGGACUACAGAGACAAGAUCUUUAUAGAGAAACUCAAGUGUAUGGACGAGAGCCACUCUGAGAUAACCGGAAUAACAGUAGAAGAUCUGAGCGCUUUAGCGGCUCGGAUAGACGUACGUACUUCAAACAUGGUGAGCGUGGAGCCAGUCUGUGCAGACUGCAAGCAGCGCGUCAUCGAGUGCUACGACGCAUCCAAGACGGGUUCCGACAUUAUCAAGUGUUGGGAAACUGUGGGAGCAUUCACAAAGUGCGUGCAGGAGACUGCGAUGACGCGAUUGCGUGCUCGUACAAUGCGCGACGCGCGGGAGCGGGCGCGGCGCACGCGGCACGUGGCGCGCGCGCGGGAACACGCGCUCAGGGAGCUCGCCUCCAGCUGACGUACUGCGGCCUACUGCGUCACCAUCAUAUACCACAAUCUAACAAUACAUAAUAUUGAUUUUGAACUCUGAUUAAUGUCGGAAUACUCAAACGCUCCUCAAUUUU